CUGUCAGCCCAAACCCAGUGUGCUCUACUGCAGGCAGAAACCUCGCGCUCUCUUGGCUGCCUAGGAAGGGCAUUGUGCUUUUUCUCCUCCUCCGACUGAAGCGCCCUACGUUCAGAGCUACCCGGAAGUUGGGCCGUGUAUGUACGUCUGAGUGUUGCUUUUUAGGUAGAAGUCUAUGGUGGAAGCUAACGGAGGGCGGAGAAAAGUCUUCAUCUCACCGCUGACAUGGCUGCUGCCGUCACCUGCCUCCUUCGUAGGCUGAUCCGUCCGGUCUCAGCAAAGGCGGCAGUUGUCUCGUUGCCCCCGCGUCGCUUUCUUGCAGGAGCAGGUGCUCAAUUCCAGUACAUAGUGGUGGAGAAGAAGGGAGCCAAACAGAACGUGGGUGUGAUCCAGCUGAAUCGCCCCAAGGCCUUGAAUGCUCUGUGUGAUGGACUAAUUAUUGAAAUGAGCCAGGCCUUGGACUCUUUGGAGCUGGAUCCUCAUGUGGGAGCCAUUGUCAUCACUGGCAGCGAGAAAGCCUUUGCAGCUGGAGCAGAUAUCAAAGAAAUGCAGGACAAGACUUUUCAAGAGUGCUAUGGGGGCAAUUUCCUUGCUCAUUGGAACAGAGUUUCUACCAUUAGAAAGCCAGUCAUAGCUGCUGUCAAUGGAUAUGCUCUUGGAGGUGGCUGUGAACUUGCCAUGAUGUGUGACAUCAUUUAUGCUGGAGAAAAAGCACAGUUUGGGCAACCAGAGAUCCUUCUCGGAACUAUUCCAGGUUCUGGAGGAACACAGAGACUGACCAGGGCUGUGGGCAAGUCGUUGGCAAUGGAAAUGGUCCUCACUGGUGAGCGCAUCUCUGCUCAGGAAGCCAAACUAGCAGGCCUCAUCAGUAAAGUCUGUCCUGUGGAUAAGUUGCUAGAUGAAGCCAUCAGCUGCGGUGAAAAGAUUGCUGGGAACUCUAAAUUGGUGACUGCAAUGGCCAAGGAAGCAGUGAAUGCAGCCUUUGAGAUGACAUUAUCUGAAGGGAAUAAAACAGAGAAGAGACUAUUCCAUGCCACCUUUGCUACGGAUGACCGAAAAGAAGGGAUGAGUGCCUUUGUUGAAAAGAGAGAGGCAAAGUUUACGGACCACUGAUGCACACAGAGUCCUGCUAUCAUGGGAAUGUAUGACUGGCUGUCAGUUGGCUAUCUGAAGAGUUCAUGGCUGCAUUUAUCCAAUCAGGACAUCUGAGCUCUUCCAAACAGCACCACCUUUGCCACAAGAGGCCUUAAACUACAAAUUCCAUGCUAUGUAGGGGGGGGGUUGCCUUUUAAUUAGCCCAGAAGCUGAUAUAAUCUCAUUGAAUCCAGCUAGGAUGUUGAAUGGUUUCAUGCUGUGUAAUUCCAGUGAUGGGUAUGUUUUAUAAGAAAAUAACUACUGUCUACAGUUCCCAUUAAACCAGCUUGUUGGGAAUGUAUCUGACUGAAGAUGUCUUUGAUUGCAUAGCUAUUGCACCUUUGUGUGCAUUUGUGUUGGCUGCAGUAAGUUACAUUGAAUUAGACCACAAUGCCAAUUGUAGGGAGCAUACAUUCCCUAUAGCUGAGAUGAGAGGGCUUUGCCUCUUCCACUUAAUAAUAAUAAUAAUAAUUCGAUUUCUAUACCGCCCUUCCAAAAAUGGCUCAGGGCGGUUUGCAAAGAGAAAUAACAAACAAAUAAGAUGGCUCCCUGUCCCCAAAGAUGGCUCCCUGUCCCCAAAGGGCUCACAUUCUAAAAAGAAACAUAAGACACACACCAGCAACAGUCACUGGAAGUACUGUGCUGGGGGUGGAUGGGGCCAGUUACUCUCCCCUUGUUCAAAUGGCGCACACUGUUUCUUUGCCGUCCUUCCCUGAGCUAUUAUCUGGCUAGCUCCAAACUGAGUGAGUGGAGGAAGGUGUGUUUAAUGCUGUAUUCCUUCCAGGCUAGUGACUUUUGGCUCUAUAAGCUUUGCCAGAAGUUUGUUGAGUGUAGAGUUGUCUUUUGGCUUCAGCUCUUCUGGAGUCAUAUAUUUGUUACCACCAGUGAGUCCGGCUGCAUUGGUGGCAAAUGUGAGCUGUUGCCAUCACAGAUCCGCAAGACAAUAAGAUACAUCAUCUGUUCUUGCAUUGUAAAAAAGCCACGGACUUAGGGCUGUAACCACAAAUGCUAGAGGAAAUGUUGAUGGGGGUGCUUUGUAAGUCAAUGCAAAAGAAUUGUGUGUCUGACUUGACUUAAUUCAUGAUUUUAAUAAUUAGAAUUUUUAUUUUAACUUACAUCUUUUUAGUCAGUGUUGCAGAAUUGUAUUCCAAGCUUCACUGAAGGAAGAAGAAUGAACCGUCACCCAAGAUAACUUUUAAAAUAAACAUUUUGAAUGCACGCGCACACAUGCACACACAGCCAUUGAGUAAUAAAGGUUUUUGUGAUUUCUUAAUAAAUGAUUUCGUGAUUA